AUGCCUCCGAAACGGAAAUCCGGGGGAGCGGCCGAGUCAGGCGCACCGGGAAGGGCUGGCGCGAGGCAGUCCAAGCUCGCCAAGGAGCACGACAUCACGGCGCAGGAGGAGGCCGAGAUCAAAGAGGCCUUCUCGCUCUUCGCGGAGCCCAUGGAUGGCGAGAAGGAGGGCGUCAUCCCCAUCGAUGACGUCCGCAGGGCCAUGAUAGCCCUCGACAUCCCGCCAAAGGACAAGGACGAGCUGGCCGAGUUCACCGAGAUCCUCGACCCGGACGACGAGGGCUACGCGAACUACCCCUCCUUCGUCGCCAUCUGCGCCCUGAAGCUCCACGCGCGCGACCAGACCUCCGACGCUCACGCCCACGAGGUCGACGAGGCCUUUGCGCUGUUCACGGGCGCAGCCGGCGAGGGCGGUGUCAUAACCGUGGCCCACCUGAAGAGGGUCGCCGCGGUCCUCAAGGAGGAGGUCGACGACGCCCUACUGCGGGACAUGAUCCUCGAGGCGAACGGUGGCGCCGGGGUGGGCAAGGGCGUCAGGAAGUCCGAGUUUGACCAUGUCAUGAGGAGGGCCGGCGUGUGGAGAUGA